UGCGACGGCGGGUGGGCGCGGGCCAUGGCGGAGCUGGCGCAGGGGCAGAGCGCAGCGCCCGUGGGGAUCAAGCCCGAGGGGUUCGUGGACGCGCUGCACCGGGUCCGGCAGGUUGCACUUUAUUCAUGCUUAAUAACAGCACUGCAGUGAGAUGUAAGACAGCUGAAUACCAGGACCACAGCCUAGCUGGUGCUUAAAGACGUGACUUUAUUCCUUCCAGUGUUAAAGGCCAGAUUGCUGCUAAAAUUGGAGAUAUUCCUCACUUGAAUAAUUCUACAACACUUGUGGACCCAUCAGUCUACGGUUAUGGAGUGCAGAAACGGCCCCUGGAUGAUGGAGGUCUCCGUGUAAGUGGGCUUCAUGGAGCACAGAUAAGAGACGCAGAGAGAAUAGGUAACCAGUUAGGGGCCCUGGUACAUCAAAGGGCUGUAAUAACAGAAGAGUUCAAAGUGCCUGAUAAAAUGGUUGGAUUUAUAAUCGGCAGGGGAGGAGAACAGAUCUCACGGAUUCAGGCAGAGUCUGGCUGCAAAAUUCAGAUUGCUCCAGACAGUGGUGGGAUGCCUGAGAGGCCCUGUGUACUCACCGGGACACCAGAGAGCAUUGAACAAGCAAAACGGCUACUGGGGCAGAUUGUAGAUCGCUGUCGGAACGGACCUGGUUUUCACAACGAUGUUGAUGGCAACAGUACGAUUCAGGAGAUUUUGAUCCCGGCAUCCAAAGUGGGUCUAGUCAUCGGCAAAGGAGGUGAAACAAUAAAACAGUUGCAGGAGCGAACAGGUGUGAAAAUGAUCAUGAUCCAAGACGGUCCAUUGCCUACUGGAGCAGAUAAACCUCUCCGUAUUACUGGAGAUGCAUUUAAAGUACAGCAAGCGAGGGAAAUGGUACUGGAGAUCAUCCGAGAGAAAGAUCAGGCAGACUUCCGAGGCGUACGCAAUGAUUUCAGUUCUAGAAUGGGAGGAGGCAGCAUAGAGGUCUCUGUGCCCAGGUUUGCUGUUGGAAUUGUGAUAGGAAGAAAUGGCGAAAUGAUCAAAAAGAUUCAGAAUGAUGCUGGAGUUAGGAUUCAAUUUAAACCAGAUGAUGGGAUUAGUUCUGAAAGAGUCGCACAGGUCAUGGGGCUUCCUGAUAGGUGUCAACACGCAGCACACAUCAUCAGUGAGCUCAUUCUCACAGCACAGGAGCGAGAUGGCUUUGGAAGCUUGGCUGUCACCCGAGGAAGAGGUCGUGGCCGUGGUGACUGGAGUGUUGGGACACCUGGAGGCAUGCAGGAGAUAACCUACACUGUGCCAGCUGACAAGUGUGGUCUCGUUAUAGGCAAAGGUGGUGAGAACAUCAAGAGCAUAAAUCAGCAGUCGGGAGCCCACGUGGAGCUCCAGAGAAACCCACCUCCAAACACAGACCCCGGUGUACGAAUAUUCACAAUCAGAGGAGUUCCCCAGCAAAUUGAGCUCGCUAGACAUCUCAUAGAUGAGAAAGUUGGUGGUACCAGCAUGGGUGGACCUGGAGGAUUUGGUCAAAGUCCGUUCAGCCAAGCACCCGCUACACCUCAUCAAAAUGGUCCUCAGGCGUUCAUGACGCAGGGUUGGGGCAGUACCUACCAGACGUGGCAGCAGCCUGGACAGCAAGUCCCAAGUCAUGCUGCCAGUGCUGCUUCUCAGGCAAGUUCCCAGCCGGACUACACAAUGGCUUGGGCAGAGUAUUACAGACAGCAAGCUGCUUACUAUGGGCAGACACUAGGGCAGGCUCAGGCCCACAGCCAGGAGCAGUAGAACAAGGUCCUCGUGGCAAUUUUCUUUGGGGUUUGUUUCGGGGGUUGUUUUUUUUUUGUUUCGUUUUCUUUUUCCCUUGGAAUCAUUGUGGAAGAAAAACCUUUUUGUAACAGAGGUUUCUAGAUUUGCAGCCUUUUGAUGAAGACUUUUCUGUUUGUGAAACACUAGUGGUAGGAUAAAUCUGUACUGAACUUCGCUAAAGAAUCAGGAGCAAUUCAGUCACGUACUAAACUCACGGACGCGCUGGUCAUUUUUUGUGUCCAAAUUCGUUUUAAAGCGAGAAAUCAUGAGAAUCAAUAAUAAUAAACCUCCGGGAUCCUUUUUGGAGAGAAGCCAGAGAAUUUGCCGGCACCAAAACGCACCCCAGAGCUGUGACAUUUCAACACGUUGGGUCAUUUUUGUGUG